CCUCACGCCACAGAACGACUGCUCGACCCCCCCAGAGCCGCAAACAAUGACCCAAACAGUCGUAAUCCUCGGUGCAGGCUGGGCCGGCCUGCCACUCGCCCACAAGCUGCUUAAACACACGGCGCCCAAGACGGCCCUCAAAGUCAUCCUCGUCACGCCCAACAGCAGCUUUUUCUGGAAUAUUGCGGCAGCACGCGGCCUCAUCCCGGGCGAGAUACCUGACAAGCACCUUUUCCUCCCCAUUGCCCCGGGAUUCGGCAGGUAUCCGCCGAAGACCUUUGAGCUGGUGCUCGGUCGCGCAGAGAACAUCGACGAGUCGGCCAAUACUGUCAAGGUCAUCACCAACGCCGGCAAGGCACAGGAAAUCCCUUAUACGCAGCUGGUCAUCGCCACGGGUUCGAGGAUCAGCAGCGAACUGCCACUAAAGCCUCUCGGCAACGACCGGGUUACCCUUGACGCGUGGCACGCUCUGCAGAGGCGCGUGGGCGAUGCCAAGUCCAUCGUCGUCGCCGGUGCUGGGCCCAACGGGGUUGAAGUCGCGGGCGAGCUCGCCGCCAAAUACGGGUCGGCAAAAACCAUCACUCUCAUCGUCAGCGGCAACAGGCCCCUGGAAGGUGGCGGGUAUGGCCUCAAAACCUCGCUCAUUGCUACCGUCGACAGCGAUCUGCAGCAGCUCGGCGUCCGGCUUGUUCGCAACGCGCGCGUCGUGAGUGACGAGGCGGACUCCAACGACAAGGGACGCCGGAUAUUGACUCUGUCAAACGGCUCGACAUUCAAGACCGACUGCUACCUGCCGCUUCACGGCGUGCGAGUCAACACGUCCUUUGUACCACCACACAUGCUCGACGAAUGCGGCAACGUCAAGCAGGACCCAAGCCUGCGCGUCGCCGGUACGCGCAACGUGUGGGCGCUCGGCGACGUGGGCGACACGGAAACCAAGCAGCUCACGGUGACGGAUGACCAAGUCAUCCACGUGGCGGCGGCCCUAGACUCGACGCUGACGGGAUCCGGGUCCGUGGCGCCGUACUCGCCCCUGGGGAAACCCAUGCUCUUCCUGGCGAUGGGCAGGAAGUAUGCAACAGGCCAAACUGGAGGGUGGAGGAUCUGGGGACCCUUGGUGGCCUGGGUCAAGGGCAGGAAGCUGUUUGUGGACACUGCCGAGGCAUACGUCGAGGGGACGCGACUGAGGCAUGCGGCCAUGUAG